UUCCGCUGGUUGGACAGACUUGUGUGGCAGAUUCGACAGAAAGUUCUGCGUAUGUACUGUAAAACUAAUCUCCAAAUCCAAAUUCAGGGAUUAUAUUUAGUGAUAUGACGCCUCAAACCCAUCGAUAAAUUAGUAUUCUUUUGUUGUUUACGUGGAUAACAUGGACGGACAAAAAGCAGCAGGUUCUGUGUUUAUGUGUCGGCUGUGCAACCUCUUCUCUCCCAGUCGCUCUCAGCUGCUGGCCCAUUGCUCCCAGCUGCACCCCCAGCAGGAUCCUCCUGAUGACAUCAUCAUUGCACUGCAGCCCCUUGUAGGAGAGCCUGUGGAGACACUGGCAGAGAGCCCGGUGAAGCGAAAACGAGGCCGUCCGAAAGGCUCUACGAAGAAGAUGCGCACCGAUUUGACAGAGGGCAAGGCUGGCUCCGCCCAUUCUCCAAAGGAUAAUGUUCAAAGAGAAGAAGAAGGGAAUAAGGAGGAGGGAGAUACACAAUGUAGCACAAUAGAAGGAGAAAGCCAUGAUGAGAUGUUGGGGCUGGAAUGUAGAGACUGUCAUCGCACGUUCAGAAACAGACGACAGAUCCUCAAACACAUCUGCCUAAGAGAAGAGGAACAGGAGGAGGACGAAGAGGAGAAUGGGAGCAUCGGUGAUGGAGCAGGAGUUGACGGUUCUGGGAGUUUGGAUUCUGAGGGAACAGAUCCAAAUCAGAAGCAGCAAAACUCAGCAAGACCAGGGUUUGGGAGAGAAAAGGACGUUGGCAGCUCAAGAACCCAGAGAACCAACCGAAGCCGCAUCUCCAAAGAAGGCCUAGCAACAGGAAACAAAAAGUCUGUCAUCAGUGUUGUUCUGACAGAAGAUAAAACACUUCCAGGUGUUUCUAAAAUUGUUCCAGUAGAGGACAAUUCAGCCGAAAAAGCAGAGUCUGCAGCCAUCCAAACUCAACCUCAGUCUGCAGUCUUCCAGAGUCAGUCAAAAGACCUUGCAAGUGACGCCAAAGCCUGCGAUGGUAACCCUAAAACAGAUCAAGAGCCAAGUUCUGACCUGACCUCCACAACAACGGCAGCAGCCAACAGAGGCUUCCAGGAAUAUUCUAUAAAGCAAGAUGCUACCAAUUUACUUCAGAGCCAGUUGAAGAUCUUUGCCUGUGAGUUCUGUAAUAAGAUCUUUAAAUUCAGACACUCGCUAGUUGCCCACCUAAGGACACACACCCAGGAGAAACCGUUCCAGUGUCCACACUGUGACUACGCAUCAUCGAUCAAAGCCAACCUAAACGUUCACCUGAGGAAGCACACAGGAGAGAAGUUCAGCUGUCAGCACUGUCCCUUCAACUGCCUCAGCCCAGGACACCUCAAGGUCCACAUAGAGCGAGUCCAUUUAAAGGUGAAGCAGCACUGCAGCUUCUGUGAGAAAAAAUACUCAGAUGUGAAGAACUUACUGAAACACAUGGAGAAACAACACAACCUUAAAGACCCUGCUGUCCACCAGACUUACCAACAACUCAGGUUAAAGACUCGUCAGGGCCUCAGGCAGCUCCUCUACCACUGUCCCACCUGCAACCGACGCUUUAAAAACCACCUCGAGCGGGAGCGCCACCUGUUAGUCCACGGACCCCAGCGCCCCUUCGCCUGCCUCCUCUGUGACCAUGCUACAACCAAGAUGGCUGCCCUCGCUGCUCACAUCAGGAAGCACCUCUUCCUGUACGUGUGCUGCGUGUGUGACAGGAAGUUUGUCAGCUCUCAGAGACUGAGGAGUCACCUGAAAGAGUCUCACGCUGAGCUGGACCAGGAGCAGGGCUUCACAGACAGUAUCAACAACAGCUACUAUCUGGUGCAGCCUGGAGGAGGCAUGUGGGGGGAUGAGGAGGGGGAAGAUAUGGAGGAAAGGAUGAAGGAAGCGCGCAGGAUAGAGCAGGAGGGUGAAGAUGAGAGGACGAGAGAGGAGGGUGGAAGAAAUGGUGUAGGAGGGGAAGGGGAGCAGCUGGAAGUAGCAACGAAUGAAAAUAGGGAGCAAGAGAAGGAGGGAGAACGAGCUACAUCACAGGGUGAAAAAGUGCAAGUGAUAGAAGGAGAGGCAGGGAAAGAAGGAGAAUUAGAAAAUGGAGGUGCAAAGCAAGGUUCCCAAGCAGAGCUCCACCAAGCAAUUUCUGUGGAGACCACAACUCCCACUGACAGACGGGAUGAAGUUACAACUCGGGAGAAGUCACAGGACAACACACUGGACUCAUGGUGCAUGAGUCCACUUCAGAGUGCAUUCCAGCAGGUGUUGUCAACUCUUCCUAAGACUCGAUUUAAUAUGGAGUCUUUCCAACGGCUCAGGAAAAUUUAUGGAGACCUGGAAUGUCAAUACUGUGGUAAACUGUUCUGGUACAAAGUCCACUAUAACGUCCACGUACGCACACACACCAAGGAGCACUCGCAUUACUGUUCAAAGUGUAGCUACUCGUCCAUCACCAAAAGCUCUUUAAAGCGGCACCAGAUCCACAAGCACAGCGGCUUGCUGCUGUCUUGUUCGGAUACUGACUGUAAAUACACAACACCAGACAAAUACAAGCUUCAAGCCCAUUUGAGGACGCAUCAAGAACAGGGGAAGAGUGUGUCUUGUCCUGUCUGCGAGCACCGCUAUCCAGAGCACAGACUGAAACACCACAUCAAAACAUCCCACCCUGACGCACUACCUCAGCAUGGUAAAGGACUGAUGGUGCAGCGUGCAGAGAAGUGCCCCUACUGCGACUCCUACUUCCUUAAGAACAGCAGUGACUUUCAGCGGCACAUCUGGGCCCACCAAGGUUUGAAGCCAUACGUCUGCAGUGUGUGUGACUAUGCUGGCCGCAGCAGGAGUAACCUGAAGACUCAUAUGAACCGACACAACACAGAGAGACGUCACCUCUGCGAUCUGUGUGGUAAAAAGUUCAAAUCUAAGGUUACGCUGAAAAGCCACAGACUGAGCCACACCAAUGAAGGAAAACGUUUUCAAUGUUCGGAGUGCGACUUUACCUCGGUGUCUAAACCUUCCUUGCUCAGACACAUGGAGCAACACGCUGAGUUUAAGCCAUUUCGCUGUGCCCACUGCCACUACUCCUGUAACAUUGCUGGUCCACUGAAGCGACACUACAACAUGAAACACCCAGAUCAGAAAUAUCAGAAUGCCGGACAUGGCCUGCCUAACCCUGAUGCUCUGAAACAGCAAGGUGGUAUGAAGUGUCCUGAGUGUGAGUUUGUUUAUGGGACCAAGUGGGAGCUGAACCGCCACCUGAAGAGCAAACACAGCCUGAAAGUGGUGGAAGGCACCUGGGAGGUAGGGGAGGCAGUAGAGGCCCAAUAUGUUCCUGUGGAGGAUGUGGAGCAGCUGACAGAAGCACCUGUAACAGCCCUGCAGGACAACGUUAAUAUCCAGCAGAUCACUGAAUUCAAUUCAGAGACUCAUGAUGCUGUCACUUCCAUGGUCGCAAUGGCUCCAGGCACGGUAACCGUCGUACAACAGCUGCAGGUGGCUGAUGAGCAGGAGGUCGGUCACUGCAGCAACCAGCUGAUGGUGGUGGACGCAGAGGGGGGUCUAACUGGUGACCAGGUGAUGGUGGUGGAGGACGCACACGGCCUGGAAGCUCUGACAGUCCUCACUCAGGGAGAAAACACGCACCACUAUAUCGUCUACGUCCACGAACACACUGUAGAAAUCAACUAGUAAUCAGUUAUCAUUUCAACAGAGGACAAAAAACAGGAAUUCGUGAGUUUCUCUUUCAUCAUGAAGGAUUUCCUUAAUCACGUUUAUUUUUUCAGUCAUGUAGUAAUUAUGAGAACAAAAAGUGCAAUAUUUGGUUGUGUGAUUAUGUGAUUUUUGUACUUAAAAAGUAUAUUUAAAUAAAACCCCUGUCCUGCACUGCUUGAUGCAAUGGAGUGCUGGAAUUUUCUAAAAAA